AUGCCGUAUGCUCUGUUUGCCAUGUGUUUUGUUUCCGUUGCUAUCAUGGGUGAUGAUUCCAAGGUUGUGGUGCAUUCUAGUGCUUUUAGAACGAAGGAGGAUCGUCCUUCCCGUGAUUACUCUGCUCCUAUUACUCCUGACAAAUUGGAUAGCUCUAAUUAUGCCUUUUGGUCUCGGGGUGCACGCUUUAUGAUUACUAGUAGUCAUAUGGCAAGCUUCAUCAAUGGGAAGAAGCCUGGGCUUGAUCCGCCGUUUGAUGGAGUCCGUGGCCAAAUCCUUGCUCUCAAUCCCGUCCCGUUUCCUCUGGAAGCCUAUGCUAUUGUCAUGAAGGAAGACACUCGUCAAUCUGCUAUGCUCGGAGGAGGUGCGGCAACCCUAAAAGUGGAUUCUACCUGUAACUGA